AGUAAUGUGAUGUGUGUCCCGAGGGAUGUUUGAUGGAUUAAUGCUGAGCAGCUCCAUUGCGAUGUACCACCUGAUCUCACUCCCACCGUCUGCCUCUAUAAAACCUGCCUGACUGCUGAUCUCAGCUAGUCUCUCAGUCUCUCCUCUCUCUGUCUGUCUCUCUUUCUUCCUCUCUCUCUCUCUUCUCUAUCUCUUCCUCCUCUCAGCCGCCUCCGCUGCAGGCCAGGAGCUAUCCAGUGCUGAACAAGUGAAUUUUUUAUUUUUUCAGCAGCGUAAGCGGGUGUGUGUGUGUACAGUAGCAGGCACACAGACACACACACACAGAAUUGUACCACCAGACAUCUUUCUCCUCCUGCGUGCUCUUCAUUUUUCCUUUAUCUAGACAUUGUUUUUAUUUUUUAUUUUAUUUCUGGAACGUGGAUAUUUUUUUAAUACAACGGAUUUCAUUCUGGACAGUUUUCACCAGGGUUUUUGUGUGUGUACAUGUGUGUCCGUCUGCGGCCCAUGUGAAGGAUUUCUGGUGCGUCUGUGCGCGUGUGACCGUGUGAACCAUGCCUCGCUCAUUUCUGGUGAAGAAAAUCAAAUUGGAUGAUUUCUCCUCGUCUCCCGUGUCAGCGUCUAAUCAUCAUCACCAUCAUCAUCUCGAUGACUCCUUUACACGCUCUCGCUCCAGCCUGGGCGUCCGGCUUUGCGAAAAUGCUGCAGGCUACAUCCAGGAUUACAUCAGCUCUUCUGAAUACACAGAGGAGAAGCAGGCCGAUAUGAAGCUGAGCUCGGAUCCGCUGUACUCCCCAGUUAGCAGCGGAGGAGGGGAGUACUGCCAACCAGACCUGGAGCACCCAGACAGCCCUCAAUCCGGCCUCACGGCCCGCGGAUACAGUGAGAGCGAAUCUCUCAGCGAGGGUUACACCAUGGAUGCGUUCUUCAUAUCUGAUGGACGUUCAAGGAGAAAGGGAGAGGUCACGGAAGCAAGGAAAGCCGAAACAGAGGAGAAAGAAGUGGCCGUGCUGAACAACGGAGGUCCCCGACACACCUGCAACGAAUGCGGAAAGACCUACGCCACUUCAUCCAACCUGAGCCGACACAAGCAGACCCACCGCAGCCUUGACAGCAAGAUGGCACGCAAGUGUCCCACCUGCAACAAGGUUUACGUGUCCAUGCCGGCGCUGGCCAUGCACAUCCUCACCCAUGACCUCAAGCACAAAUGUCACGUGUGCAGCAAAGCCUUCAGUCGGCCCUGGCUGCUUCAGGGGCACAUGCGAUCGCAUACGGGAGAAAAACCCUUCGCCUGCGCCCACUGUGGGAAAGCUUUCGCCGACCGAUCCAACCUACGAGCGCACAUGCAGACACAUUCGGCCUUCAAACACUACAGCUGCAAGCGCUGCAAUAAGACCUUCGCGCUGAAGUCCUACCUGAACAAGCACUACGAGUCCGCCUGCUUCAGAGGUUCCGGAGACGAGGAUGAGUCUGGCUCCGAGAAUUAGCAAAAAGAAGAAAUGAAAAUGAGUUAACGCUCUCGAAAAUCCCCCCACAGAUUCCCUACACAGACCCCACUUUCCCUUUUUUAGAAAGCAAUAUUUUGACCAAGAAAAAAACCAAACCAACCCAAUAAUAAGAAGACAAUAAUGAAUAAAUGCUGGAUUUUUUUCUUUGGUAAAAAAAAAGACCCUCUCAUAUAGACACGUACAAUUAUGAGGCCAGGCAUGCAAAUUUUUAUGAACAUAACACUAUUAAUAAUGAUAGUAAUAAUAUUUAGAUUCCUGAUGUUUUAUAGCAAAUCAUGAAAAAAGACAUAAAAAAAAAUGACAGCAACAGGUUUGUGCUUUUUGAGAAAUGAAAUCAAUUUGUAUUUUUAUGCUGCUCUUUUAUUUUGAAUUCUUUUGCAACUGCCAACACAAACUUUUUAUGAAAAUGUGAAUAAUGACAGUAUUUGCAAAAAAGA